AUGAAAAAAGGAGUAGACAAAUAAAGUCCUGGGUUUCUAAGAUACAUAAUUUUAUUACUUGCAUGCAUAGCAUUAGUAAAUAACAUAUGAAUAGUAUUAGUAUGGAAAUAUGUUUAUAUUUGAUUAACCAGCAUUAUUAAAGGAGUAAAUAAUGCAGACAUACAGUCCCAUAUAUGGAGAACAUUUUACAAGUUUCUAUUUCAGUUUUAUGUAUUCGUUCUAUUCGAUUCCAAAUAUAAUAUUGCCAUUAGUUGGCGGAUUUAUGAGUGAUGUGUUUGGUAAAAUAGAAAUAAUAGUCAAAUUAGGAUAUAGAAAGAUGUCGCUGAUAUUUAUGUUUUUUGUGAUUCUUGGUUAAGGAUUCAUAUAUUUUGGUAGUUCGGUUGCAAACCUAAAAUAUAUGAUUUUGGGAAGAUUUAUAUUCGGAUUGGGUGGUGAAUCACUAUGUGUAGCAAGCUCAAUAAUUAUAAAUAAAUGGUUUGUUGGAAAAGAAUUGUCAUUUGCUAAUGUAAAUAAAAAUAUAAAUAAUUAGGCAUUAAAUUUGAGUUUGAUAAGAAGUGCUACAGUUUUAGGAACCUAUAUAUCACCUAGAAUUGCUGAGAAAUCAGGAAUGACAACAGCAUUUGGAGUUGGAUUUGGUAUUACUUUGAUAUCUGGAUUGGCUCUUCUGAUAAUGAAUUUUAUAGAUUCUUACACAGAAAUCUUGUAAAAAAGAAAUCUACAAAAAACUGAAGGAUUAUUGGAUAAUAGUAUUUAAGUGAUGGAUUUUGGAGAACUUAUUAAAUAAAUUUAAGAUGACAUUGGAACAUUCCCUAAAGUAAGAUACACAAAUGAAUCAAUUUUUAGAUUUUUUGGAUCUUGACUUUAAUAAUGACUACUUUUUAUACUUCUGUCCUAAUUUUUAUAUCCUUUUCUAGUGGCAUUAUAAUUGAUUUAUGGUUGCCUAAAGAUGCACCUGUAGAAUAAAACUAAGAAGUUGCUGGUGAAUUGAUGGGAAUUCCCUAUUUAUGUUGUACAUUCCUAAGUCCCUUCAUCGGAUUAAUGGUUGACAAAAUUGGAUAGAGAAUUAAGUUUCUUGCUAUUGGAUGUGCUUUAGUUUUUUUGGGUCUUUUAUUGAUGCUUUUGUUUUAUCCUAUCUUUUGUAUGCUAACUUUGGGAUUAUCAUAUGCUCUCUUUGCCAGUACUAUUUGGACAAGCAUAGCUUUUGUUGUUAAAUAAAAAUAAUUAGUAAUAUUUUAUUAUAUAAAGGGGCACAGCAUAUGGUGUUAUGAAUUCUGUUCAAAAUUUUGCUUUUUUUGGGAUGCCAUUAUUUAUAGCUUUUAUUUCAGCAGAAGCCUCUUCUUAAGUUUCUGUAGUUUUAUUCUUUUUGAUACUUGCUUGUGUUUCCCUAAUUAUUGCAAUCUAUUUAUAUAUUGAGGAUCGAAAUCGAUUAGGUAUUUCAAAUUUCUUGAUUUAGUCUCUCUAAAUUCAAAUGAUUAAAAAAAACUUAUGAAUUAUAUUAACA